AUGAGAAAAAUUCCGGCUCCGAGUAAUGGACUAGUUAUUCGUGAGGGUGAUAUUUUGGAGUCGUGCGGACGCCCUUUGUACGAUUCAAUCGAUGUUAAAAACGUAUGCACUGGAAAACGGAGCAAUGUACCUAGACACUGCGUCACUGAUAAGCAUGGACAAUCUACCGUGUUUGACGCGUGGUUUCCCAUUGACCGAUCAGAAGCUUUUAGACGGCUCACUCAACCGGGUAUUGAAAGAGGAACCUUCAUUCUGAGGCCCUCAACUGAAGAGAAUGUGAUCGCUCUCAGUGUCCUGACGGGCAGACCAGGAGAAAUCAACAAUUACAAAAUUCAAGCAGAUUGUAAUGGACGCUACUAUAUCAAACAAACGCAAGUGUUUGAGAGACUAUCAGAACUCAUCCGCACUCUUUCAAAUCCAAGUCAGGACACCUUGAACUGUCCGUUGGUUCGGCCAUUCGGAGCUCAACCCGUCGUCGAACAGCCGAUGCCAGAACCUGAGUCCCAACUUUACGUCUUUCAAAGCCGACAAAUCGGGAGUAGCCAAUUCGCUGAGGUCGUGCUGGGAUCCUAUGAGAACCGUACAGUGGCCGUGAAGCAAUUACCGACGAUAACUCCGACGGCUGAAAUGCUUCGUCAGUUGAAUUUCCUGAAGUCUCUGGACCUCUCCAAAUGCGUCCAGGUUUUCGAGGUGUUUGGCAUGCCACAAUGCCGGGGAUCGGUUCAAAUUGUCAUGGAAAAUAUGGCGUGUGGAUCAGUGGCACAGUAUUUGUCUACACAAGAAUCCCAAAGCGAUGCCGUCACUCUUCUCCAUUUACUAAUCCAAAGGGUUGCUGCGGGUAUGGCAUACCUAGAAGGAUACCAAAUCGCACACACCGACCUGAAAACGUCGAACGUUCUACUGGAUUUCAAUGGCAUUGUAAAGAUUACUGACGUCGGAUUUCGACAUAUGCUUACUCUAGCUAGUGGAUUCAAUCAAGAAUGGUUCCCUUUCGACGAAUGGAGUGCCCCAGAGCUGUCCCACCAACCAACUGCCUUCUCACUCAAAGCCGACGUCUGGUCCUUCGGCAUACUAUGCUUCGUCAUUCUGACGCGAGGUGGCCACCCAUAUCCAGGGAGUUCUGCUGCUGCCAUCAGAGUGGAAAACGAUGCUAUCUUUGUAGAUCUGCAAAACAAAAUGCCAGAUUUCAAGAGAAAGCUGCUCAGAGGGGUAAAAGACCUAUUUCACAGGUCGAAAUCCAACGGGUUUGUGUACUUGGAACCUGAGACGACGGAGGAACCGCAUUCCACUAGCCUCAUUCAAGAGCGACCAAUGCUCGGCUGCUUUGACUUUGACACCAGCGACCCUCGUGAGUUGCCCUUCCGUCGUGGUGACAUUAUAUACGUGACGGUGAAUACGGCGCAGGGCGACAACGACGUUUCUCCCGAUCGGUGGUUGCAAGCACGCGAUUGGCGCACCGGAGGGACAGGGGUCGUGCCGGACACCUAUCUAACGGACCAGCCUGGCGAGUCGGAGGCUUUCGACGCCUUCCAGUUCAUAUCCCGUGACGAGGCUGAGCAUCGACUCCUUCUGCCAGUUUUUGAAACGGGCACCUACAUCCUUCGGCCAAGCAGUGGCACUCUCGUUUCAGGUUACGGACACCUCUCGUUGUCUGUGUUGGUGAAGCAAGAGGGGCAGUGUGACGUCAAACACUAUCACGUAAUGUACGACAAGGUUGGUGAGCAGUACUAUUUGCAAGAAGACGAAAAUUUUAAGUGCCUUGAUGAACUACUCAAAUUCUACUCUGAUGAAAAGAAUUGCUCCAAUGUGGUGCCACUACGUCGACCGUGCCCCAAGAUUAGCGGCAACGCGGAGAAGUUCCGUGGGUGUGUCGUGAGCCGAAACAGCGUGACCUUGAAAAGUCAGCUUGGACGAGGUAGCUUCGGCGAGGUCUGGUUGGCGACCUACCGUGGCGUGGACGUCGCUGUGAAGAAGGCGCUAACGUCGACAGCGCGCCGGGAGAUUGUGGAGGAGGCCGCGACCAUGUACAGCCUCUACCACCCACGACUGGUUCGAUUUCUUGGGGUGUGCUGUGAACCCCCCUCAGAGCCGAUUCUGCUCAUAACAGAGUUCAUGCCGAAUGGGGCACUUGAAGGUUAUCUGCGACGACAUCACCCACCCUACACAACGAUUAUCACCAUGCUCUCGCAGGUCAGCGAGGGAAUGGCGUACUUGGAAAGGAAUCGCGCGGUACACAACGACUUGCGAUCGGCAAACGUCCUUGUGGCUAAGGAUAAUUCGGUCAAGGUGGCUGAUUUCGGACUUGCAAAAAUCCUUCACUCCGACGAUCGUGACAUUCGGUAUGGAACAUAUCCGCUGCGUUGGGCGGCGCCCGAGGUCACCAAAUCAAAGUACCAGUUUUGUAUUAAAGCGGACAUCUGGUCUUUCGGGGUCCUCAUGUACGAGGCCCUCACCUACGGCGAAUUGCCUUACGCAGAUCUUGACGAUGACAUUCUGAUAGAAGAAAUUGAAAAUGGUCGACGCUUGUGCAAUCCGAGAACCUUGAAUUACGAGUGCGAAGACAGCAUUUAUAACAAAAUGCUGGAAUGUUGGAACUCUGAGCCGGACAAGCGACCAUCUUUCGAAGACCUCCACGCCUUUCUGGAAUCCGAGACUAAUAAGGGUUUCGCAAAGUGA